GAGCGAUAACAGUUUACAGGAGGGUAGCUUCUGCACAUUGGUUUCCACCCAAAUACCAUUCAGCACCGAGUUAAGAUAACUUUUCGUUUUUCAUCCUGCUUGUAGCCAAUAGAGCUACUAGCUAAGCUGUAUAACCCAGAAGGAGCUGAAUGAAAAUGCCAGUGGAGUGCCCCCUGUCACCUCCACCUCCUCCUCCUCCACCUGCUCCAGGUCCACCACCACCUCCUCCAGGUCCACCACCACCUCCUCCAGCCUCAGCACCCAAGAAGAAGCUGUAUCAGACUAUAGCCAGCAGUAGGAGUCCUGUAGAGGGGGACCACACAGAGGCCCGCUUACUGCUCAGUCAGAGAGACAGCAGUUUUAGGAAGGACCUGCAGUGGAUACUGGUGAACACAUACGUGCCUUCCCUCAUCCAAGAUGGUCCGCAGUGUGGUCUGGUGGCUUUGUGGAUGGCAGCUCACCUUCGACAGCCACAGCUGACUAUUGACAUGCAAACUGUAGUUCAGACAGCACUGAGCAGGGGAUACACAGCACAGGGUGAAAUGUUUUCAGCUAACAACAUGGCCCUGCUGGCAGAAGAGGUUUGUGGCUGCAAGGCAGAAGUGCUGUCUGGGGGUUUAAGUGGUAACAGUGCCACAACCAUCAUCACACACUUGUGGAGGGGACAGCCUGUUCUCAUCCCAUAUGAUGAAGACUACAACCACGAGCCAUGCCAGCGUAGCGGCCACAGGGCACACUGGGCAGUCGCUUCAGGUGUUCUCCUCGGUUUGGACCAGGGGAGUGUGAGCGAAAAGCACCAUCAGCCUGAUCCCAGUCUGCCCUGGCUUUACCUGCCCAGUGACGCCAGCUUUCCUUGUCCCGUCAGCAACACAAGGCUCAGAGAGGUUUACCUCCUGGCUAAGCAGGGUAAAAGCCUGCGGUACCAGCUGUGGAGUUUGGACAGCAUAGCUCAAAGCAACGAGCAACUGAGGACGAUGGACCCUCAGAGAGCUAACGAUGGGACCCAGUAUGUGGUUCCUGAGGGAGGCUUAGAGGCCGGGCUGGCUGGACAGGCAGUGUUGCUCCACACGAGGACACAGGAACAGUAAUAAGUGUGAGGCUGCUGGUCAAGAGGACCCAGCUGCAGCUUAAAUGAUGGAUGCAAAAUGCACCUGAGAACAUGCAGUCUGAGUUUUAUCUGUGUAUCACAGAUCACAGUAAAAACUUCUUAUGGUGCAAUGUACAGUAGAACCUAUGUAAAUCAUGGGUUUUGAACACAUGUGGGUCUAAGUCUUUUUCCAACUUGACCAGCAGGGUUUUUAAAAGGGCUUCAGGAGUGAAUUUCACACAACAGUAAAAAUACUGUAUAUGCCACAUUUCUGAUGUAGCAUAAAUGUUCAUCCUGUUAGGGGUAUGUGAUAUGAAAGUAUUUACAGUAAAGUAAUGAUAAAUUUAUCAACCAUCAAGAGAUUUUGUUUUGUGUGGGUAAAUUUAUAUUAUAUAUAUUGUUCAAUAUUAUAAUAAUAAACAAGAGGCUCUUGGAUUGCAUCGUGUCCCACCAGGAUCUCCAUGACAAAAGAACACAUGCUCAGAGUAUUAAUAGUUAGUUAAUUAAGAACGGAUAAUCUUCCUGGGGCAUUUUGUGUCUCGACUGAAUUCCCAGGACAUGUUCUAAAAGAUUUUAUCCAUGUCACACACCCUUAGACGAUGUCAACACCAACUGUGUGCUGUUUAUAUGGACAAUUAUAUUCUUGUGUGCUAGUUUACAUGAUGAAUUUGCACCAUCACUUAGAGAAUGGAAUAUAUUUCUGUAAUAAAUUGUUUAAAUUCUUGUUUUAAUAUUUGGUCAUCUCAGUUCACUGCCUACUUGUACGGGUUUUGGGAUCUUCAGGUAGGUUUGAGAUUUAAAGAACCUUGUGAUCUGGCUUGUGUGUUGGGGGAGAGUGAAAACAAAAAACAAAGUCUGAAAACUCAUAUUUCCAGUU